GCGACGGACCAGAGACUCUCCGCCCCGGCCGCGGGGGGAGGGGUGAGGGGGGUGAGCAGGGCGGAAGGCGGGCGCGGGUUCCCGGAGACCUUUAAAGCGCGGCAGGCGCGGGCCUGGGCGUUGAGCCGAGCGGCGGCCGAGGGCGCACAAGCAGCCCGGUGCCGAAGGAGGAGCAGAAGCAGGAACAGAGCAGGAACAGCAGCCGCGCGAGGGGCUGCCCGCCCCCCGCCUCUCUCCAGCGCCCGGCAUGCGCCCCCGCUAGCCCGUCAGCAUGCUGCGCCCGCUGCUCCUCGCAGCGCUCUGCCUGGCCGGCCGCCCCGGGCGCGCCUGCCAGCUGCCCUCCGAGUGGAGGCCCCUGAGCGAAGGCUGCCGCGCGGAGCUGGCCGAGACCAUCGUGUACGCCAGGGUGCUGGCCCUGCACCCCGAGGCGCCCGGCCUCUACAACUACCUGUCGUGGCAGUACCAAGCAGGCCAGGGCGCGCUCUUCUACUCGGCAGAGGUCGAGAUGCUGUGCGACCAGGCGUGGGGUAGCAUGCUGGAGGUGCCUGCCGGCUCCAGGCUCAAUCUCACCGGCCUGGGCUACUUCUCCUGCCACUCGCACACCGUCGUCCAGGGCUACUCCUAUUUCUUCUUCCUCAGGAUGGAUGAAAAUUAUAACCUCUUGCCUCAUGGUGUCAAUUUCCAAGAUGCCAUUUUUCCUGAUACACAGGAAAAUAGGAGGAUGUUUUCCAGCCUUUUUCAGUUUGCGAACUGUUCCCAAGGACAGCAGCUUGUGACUUUCUCCAGUGACUGGGAGAUCCAGGAAGACAACAGGCUCCUGUGCUCCUCGGUGCAGAAGGCCCUGUUUGAGGAGGAGGACCACGUCAAGAAACUGCAGCAGAAGGUGGCCACCCUGGAGAAGCGGAACAAGCAGCUGCGCGAGCGAGUGAAGAAGGUCAAGAGGUCUCUGCGGCAGGCCCGGAAGAGCGGGCGCCAGCUGGAGCUGGUGAACCAGAAGCUGAGUGAAAAGCUGGCCUCAGCCGGCAUGCUCCCGCACAUCAACGCCCUGGGGCGGGAGCCCGCUCUUGCCCCCUACCGGAAAGGGUAGUAGGAGCACUGGGCUGCUGGGCCCGCGCCAAUUCCCGCAGGCUUGGGGAAAGAGGGGCUUUCACAGGGCACUUGUUUCAGACCUUGUAGAAGAUCUCUAUUCUGUAGAGUCUAACCGGAUAGAGUGACAAGCAUUGCUUUCCUCUUGGGUGCUAGCCUUAGCCUCAGACCCUGCAUGCUGCCUCCUCCCGCCGGGCCCCAGUCGUGGUGCCAGAAGUUCAGGGAAAGCAAGACCUGCAAGGGCUGAGUGGUUGGCCAGGGUCUGGCCUCAGCCUCUACGAGCAGCCUAGAAAGUGCCCUGUCUGGGGAAGAACCUCAGUGCACAUACAAGUGGGAGUCUCAGCUCCUGGUCCAACGCAAAACUGAGUCCCAAGGACUCAGCUGGAGCAGGUCCUGAAACCCUUGGUGACCCUUGUCCACACCUUUGUAAGCAAGACACCCAUGAACAACAGAGCAGGACAACCUGAGUCUGUUGGGGUCCACACAGCCCAGGCAGAUUAGGCCUUAAAGAGCUCAUUACAGAUAGGGAGUUCAUUCUAGAGUGGGACAGCAGAUAAUCAAAAAAGGGGAAUUAUACAUGGUAUCCAAUACAAGCUCCCAAGAGUGAAUCAAUGCUAACCAAUCUAGGGGGCAAUUACUUCUAUGGGGCUGCUGCACUUCAAAGUGUGUUUCUGAAUCAGAGUUUAACUCAGCUACUGCUAAGUUUUAACUUCUUUUUUGCCCAUAAUUUCUUUUAAUGUCUGUGUUUGAGGUGAGCUGCCCCAACACACUGUGAGCUUCUGUUCUGCAGACACCACCCCACCUAAGGGAUCAGAUGAUCUCACCUCAUUUCCAUCAGGGUUCCCAGAGGGCUUUUUUGCAGAUGUUCCAACCUCUGCUUCUUUAUGCACUACCUCUUCCCUGGCUCAUUAUACCUGAGAGAUGGUUGCACAGCAGUGCACUUGGCAUAACAGAUCCUCAAGCCAUCAGUGUACCUUUCCUUCUUUAGAAAGAAUGCUUUUAAGGCAACGAAAGUAAGAGUAUUUCUGCAUCACUCAGGCACAUUAAGUCCCAGGUGUGUUUCUAAGAAGUCAGCCAGUCCUUGGUUAUCAUUUGACAAUGGCCCUCCAAACCAAGUGUCCUUCCCACUUGUCCCAGUGAGAGCCACUCGCCUCACCUCUGGUCUGCCACCCAAAGGCCACUGCAGGCCCCACAGGGUUGAUGAUGCCACUUUCUCUAUUGGUAAUGGUAGGUGCUGUCAGAUUUCUCAUCCCUUGUGAUUAGGAAGGCCAGGUGCUGCUUGCUAUGGCAGCCAGUCUAGGGAGAUGAGCCUUACAUCAUUUAGAUCUUGGUUGUAGGCUGCCAGCCCAUGGGGACGUCUAUGCCCAGAACUGGAUAGGAGGGGAAUACUAUUCAGAGUCACCUGCUCCCAUCUGGUUAGCUUUAUUCUUCACAGUGUUCUGAUUCUUCUAGUUCAUUCUUUCUGGGCACAUUUUGUUAAAGUAGUUUGCUUCCAACCAAGCAAAUUGGAAGUCUAGGGAUGAUUUACAGGCUGGGUUUGGAGAACUAUGCAAGUUGUAUCUCACAGAUGCUUUAUGUUUUGCUUUUUCAAUAAAUAUGAGCAGUGAUUUCAA